CUAUUAAUUAAUUAAUUCCCUUGCUAAUGAACAUUCUCUCAGCGUCAAACCUUUGAAUCCCGUCAACUGAGGUCCGACGUUGUCAUCUGUUGCUCCUUGUCUGCUUACUCUUCCUUUCAGACCAUUCAUUCAGAAGCAAUGCCUGCAGCAAACUGUGAGAACUUGUACACCACUGCCACCUCUUCACCUACUCAUCAAUGCCCACAGAAGCAGAUAGUGGCGGAUGUUCAGAACAGCAGUUUCCCAUCUUCAUCACCAACAAAUAAUAGUGUUAUGCAGAGAUCCAACCAAGAUCCGCAUCAGCCUCCUCUCAAGUGCCCUCGCUGCGAUUCCUCCAAUACCAAGUUCUGCUACUACAAUAACUACAGUUUAUCCCAGCCACGCUACUUUUGUAAAGCCUGUAAGAGAUACUGGACCAGAGGCGGAACCCUCAGAAACGUUCCCGUCGGCGGAGGAUGUAGGAAGAACAAGAGGGUGAAGCAGCGCCAGCUGGCUCCGUCUAUUGGCAGCGAUGGAAUUUCCUCCUCCUCCUCCUCCGCCGCCGCCUCAACUGCAAUUAUAAAGCCUAGCAGUGUUCAACCAGAUAUAGAUCUGUCUCCAGCGCCGAACCUCAUCAACGAACCUUUGCUCUAUAGCUUGCCCACUAAUCCUUUUGAGCUCAAUUUUCCAUUUUCCAGAUUUAGCACAGCUAGGGUUUCCUGCGACAGUUCUGGAUUCGAUCAUCAUCAGCCUGGGAUGAAUGGAGUUGGAAUAGGGUUUUCAUCUGGGAUACUUGAGAAGGGUGAUUACAGAAACGGGUUCAGGCAAAUCGAAGAUGUUAUUACAUCAUCUGCAGGCAAUGUGAAUUCUUUGUUCUUCGGACCUUCAAAUUUUGGUCCCACUUCAACAAUGGUUUCUUUGCUUUCCAGCCCUCAUCAAGAAGCUAAUGACUUUCAUGGUGAGGAUAUGCAAAUGCAAAAUGGAGGAUUAAUGGGGAAAGAAGUGAAAAUAGAGGGAGAAAACAGGUCAGAUUUUAACUCUUCAGACUCUUCUUCUCUUUUGUGGAACAGUAGCACUAGUCUUGGUGAAUGGUUUGAUCCUUCAAACAUUAUGGGUUCUUCAUCAGUUCCUUCUCUCAUCUAGUUACUUCUUUUACCCAUUUCCUUGCCUCAUCAAUCUUCAUUCCUUUUCUUGCUACCUUUUUCCUCUUUCUGCACAACUUAGAAAUAAACACAAGUAGCCUGAAAAUGGAACAUCAGAAGCUUACCACUAAAUUAAUAAUUAAUUAAUGUCGGAAGAAGUCGAUUCGGAUCGGAGUGAUCAUGUCAGCAGCAACACAACUCAUCAGCCUCAUAAAUUUUUCACUUGGAAUUAGGCUGAGACUUGAGACUAUAUGCCAUUUUGCGCUGAGAGGAACCUCGGAUCCUCUUCAUCUUAUCGGCCAAGGCUUUUCUGUCUGUCACAUUGUUGGAAUGGUUAGCUGAAAAACUCUGGGUGCAUUAUUUUUCCAGUUCCUGGGCUUCAUGCAUAGUUAAUAUUAGUAUGUAUAUAUUUAUCUCACUUUUUUUUAAAAAAAAAAAUAAAAAUAAAUUCUAGGUGCAUUUCUGUAUGCAUGUUUAUCAGGUUCCGGACCACCUGGGAAUGUCUGACAUUUUUCCUUCUCUUUUUCCGAAACCAAUUUGUUGAUUUUGAGUUGGGGGAUGUAAUGGGUACGAAUAUUAAUGCUGGUAUAAAAGAGAGCCAGAAUAUAUUGUUAUUUCA